UAAGAGCCAUCUUUGUAGAGGGGCGUAGGUGUAACUUGUUGAAACGUCAUUGCGUGUCUAUCUUCAGCCACAGAGGACUACCGGCGUAAUGAAAGGAGUAGCCUUCAGUGCUAUCCUAGCAAUCACACUGGUUACCAUUGUUGAAGCUGAAAGAUCGGAAUCAGAUGUCUCCGUGGGGGGUGAGACGUCAGCAGAGGACGAGCCACUGCAGAGAAAGAAGCGGUCCAUUCUUCUGCUAAAGGCGCUGGCAUUCGGGAAGGGAUUGCUUAUUGGAAAAUUGGCGGGCCUUGCUGUUGGGGCGCACUUAGGCUACUACGGAGGCAUCUAUGACGGGUACUACAAAUAUGGAGGCCAUGAGGGUGACGCUAAUUAUGGUGAUUAUAAAGGGCAUGGCGGUUACGAACGGCGUGACAGUUAUGGAGGACAUGGCGGCAGUGAAGGGCUUGAAAGUUAUGGAGGGCAUGGAGGUUACAAGGGGCGUGACAGUUAUGGAGGGCAUGGAGGUUACAAGGGGCGUGACAGUUAUGGAGGGCAUGGCANGAUAUAA